AACCAGAAUUGAGAAGUUCUUUGCUAAAGAAGGUUGGUAAAGCUGUUUGAGCUUUUGGAGAAAUUUAGAGAGAUCUGAAAAGAAAUAUAUAUUUUACGAAUUAGUGCUAUAUUUUAAUGUAUUUAAAUCGUUUAUGUACACAAAGCUUGGCUCGAAGUGAACACUAACUAAAGCAAGAGUUUUGAGAUAUUUCUAGAAUAUAGUUCUUGUGUCAGAGAAAAUUCAAAAAACGUGAACUAUGAAACGAAAGUUGGAGGACGCCAACGACGUGUUUCUCCAGAAUCCAACUAAAAUGUUGCCGACGGUUGCAGGAACAUGUUCCAAGAACAUUGUUUAUCAGGUUGUCGGAACGUCGCCGGAACAGAUCGGACGGCCGAUACUGGCAUCCACGCCGCAGGGAGUUUCUGACGUUGGCAGACGGCAAUGUACAUUACCAACAGCACGCAGAAUUCCGACGACUACCUUACAGUCGAAUCCGGCAGCCGACAACGAACUCCGUCACGUGAUUGACAACUUUGUCAGUGUCUAUGAACAACUUGACAUGACCGAUAACCCGGAUGUAAAACCCAACUACAGUUAUUCGGAACUGGCUUACCUUGCCAUGCUAAGAUCACCAAACUUCUGCCUGCCUAUAGGACAAAUAUACAGCUACAUACAAAGUCGGUUCAAGUUCUUCAAAAACUCUACUCGAAAACACUGGAAGAAUGCAGUGAGACAUAGCCUCGCGAAAACUUUGUGUUUCUCCAAAAUACAAGUUGGUCGUGGUGCCAGCAACAAUGAGAAACUGGCGAGGUCUACAUAUCUAUGGUGCAUCUUACCAAACAGUAUAGCGUGCUUCGCAAGGGGGGACUAUCGGGCUACAAUAGACAAAGAAUCUGGAACGAACACUUUGAGGUCUGCGUAUUUCAGAAUGAACUCUGAGCCUUUCUGGAACUCUGUAGGUGACUACAUAGCUAACAAAAUGGCGGACUUCCGGAAAACUCUUGAGGAAUCGAACACUCCAGGACAAAUAUUCGAAUCUCAGACAUGUUUGAUUCCAUGGAAACAGGAAAAUACUCAGUCCGAAAAUCGACCGCCAAAACACCGGGAAGUAUUCCAAAGAAUGCAAAACCAGCCACACGUGACUUUGAACAUACAGUCAAGAAAUUGUGAGUUCACACAAUCAUCUGCCUCAUCCACGGGGUAUUAUGUGACUCAUUCGCCAGACACUGGACUUCCCCCUGCGCAUUCGCAGGUAUCACCUAAUCUGCACUCUUACCAUACACAGACGCGGAGCUCUUCACCAAUCAUGCGCAUACCGGAAAUACAACCGCACAUCCAAUCAUCGUUUGGGCACCGGACCACGCCGCCACGUGCUGCAGACCCAUGGCUUCCUGAAUUCGUUGUUUCUAGUCCUGAACCAAGCUUCAUUUGUUCGGGACAGGAUAGGAGAACGCCGCCAUGUACAUCCUAUAGUUGUACUGACAGUGGAUAUGCUGAUUCAACGAACAAUAACUCUUGCAGUUUUGUAAACAACUGUGAAAAGCAAAACCACGACAUAUAUUCGACAUCGCCGUUAAAUGUCCAUGAACAAUACACCGCCAACCAGUUAAGUAACAAUCAAUACGACUUCAAUCAGUUCGAUCUGUCACCUUUCAGCCUCAGUGAUUUUUCAGACUCAAGAGAAAGCGUUGAACAGCUAAACUUUACGCCGGAAAAGGCAUCCAAAAGUCACGUGUUAUCCCAAACUCCACACUGUGCUGGACAACGUAUGUAUGUUUCCACACCGAUCGCAGAUCAGGUGCCCCCGGCCUCACAGUGUAGAUACAUGUACCAACCUUCGAUACAAACACAAAAUUACGGACAGAGAAUCACACCAACACCGCCAGUAUUGUUUGUAAAUGGCGACGGCAUGUUUUCAACAGCCAUAUUACCACACUGGGCGUCUUUCUGUUAGAGGAAAAGGAAUAAUGCAACAGCUCUAGACUUGACAUUUUUCAGAAGGUUUCUCAAAUCCUACUCGUAUUUAAACAGAAUAUACAAGCAGAUAAUUAAUUAUUCAAUAUGGUCGAUAUUUUUCUCUCUCAGUCCAUCCUAAAGAUUUCCUUGCAAUGAAUUUUGAUUUUAUUUAUGCAAGGACUUCGAAGCUGGGAUUGGCAUUCAAUGUAGACUAUAUAUUUUGGAAAACUGUUUUGCUCUUAUCAAUUUCCUUGUGUUUCGUACGUUUUCGGCAAGGAAGAAAUAUUAGCAAGACAAAAAAUAUUUCACCUGUUGACG